UUCAAGAUAUACUUAAUAUUAACGCGGAAUUAAAUGAUUAAAAAGGACUGCUGCUACUGCCACUUCGGGCACCGGAGCUCAAGCGUACUCCCAAACGGCAAAGAGCUAAAACUGACCAACAAUUGGUGAAGUGUUGGAACAGUUUAGGAGGGAGCUUUCUCAGGGAAUGACAAACGAAACCAGGGCGAAAAUGUUCCAAUUGCCAUUGGAUAUCAUGGAAUAAGAAAGGCAAAGACUGUGACUGUUGGUGGAUAUUUUCAACUUUCACAGUUAUUUUAUGAUGCAAGGACCAAAAGGGCCGAUAGUGGGGGCCUCUGUGUAUAAGGAAUCAACACAUUAUUUCCAAGACUCCCAUAUAUUUCCAGUAAUGACAACCUCUUCAAACCAACUCUCACUGUUCAAAAAUGAGGAUUUAAGUUGACUUAACAAGGAUAAAUCAGCCAAAUGUGCUAUCACAUCAACAACUAGCCCAAUCACUAAGAAGCUCCUACUCAUCUCUGCCUCUUUUUGGGACUUCUCAUCAACUGUUUUCCCUUCCUGUAGCUGUCUCUUCACCAGAUACACAACAUGCGCCCUUCCCUCGCUACAGCAGUCCUACCACCCAGGACCCGUUCCCAUAAUCCACCCAACCUCGCGGUGGGGGGGCGUGAACACCUGUCAGCUCCAAGAAGGCGCAGCCCCAACCUCCGGCACACCCUCAGCCCAGAGAACCUGCGGACCCUGGCGGAGAGGGGCGGUGCUGCUGUCGAUACUGCCUCCGUUGUCAGCAGUCCUAUAGGGCUUCCGAGGGCUAACAGCGACACAGACCUGGUGACUUCCCAAAGCCGGUCCUCGCUAACCGCGUCCACUCUGGAGUACACACUGAACCGUGGUCAGAACCUCGUCAUAUCCUGGGAUAUCAAGGAGGAAGUGGAUGCUACCGACUGGAUCGGGCUGUACCACAUUGAUGAAACCAAUCCAUCCAAUGUGUGGGACUGUAAGAACAGAGGGGUGAAUGGUACCCAAAAAGGUCAGAUUGUUUGGAGGUUGGAGGCUGGGCCAUACUUUAUGGAGCCCGAGACCAAGAUCUGUUUCAAGUACUACCAUGGAGUGAGUGGAGCCCUGCGAGCCACAACCCCCUGUAUCACUGUGAAGAAUCCAGCAGUCCUGGUGGAAGGGCUGGCCGAGCAGGUGGGCAUUGAACAUCCUCGGAAACUGAUCAGCUUUACUUUGACGGAUUUGCGUGCUACUGGCCUGAAGAAGGGCAUGUUUUUUAAUCCGGACCCGUACCUGAAGAUGUCCAUCCACCCAGGAAAGAGGAGUGUCUUCCCCGUCUUCAGUCAUCACGGACAGGAACGAAGAUCAGCCAUCAUUGCUAACACCAUCAACCCUAUCUGGCAUGGAGAGAAAUACACAUUUGUAGCACUAAUGACAGACAUCCUGUAUAUUGAGGUAAAGGAUAAGUUCGCAAAAAGCCGACCAAUCAUCAAACGCUUCCUCGGUCAGCUCACUAUCCCUGUGCAGCGGCUUAUUGAAAAAAUACCCGGUGUCCAGCCUGUGAGUUUCCCUCUGUGUCGACGCCUGCCCACUGAACAUGUAAGCGGCCAGUUGCAGUUCAAAGUGGAGCUCACCUCAACCGGGCCUGACGGUGCUUCUCCUGAUUCUAUCAUUGGCAUUUCAUCCUUGAACGGAGCUCCAGGGACUCCAUCUGACGAUGAGGACCUGCCACAUCACCUUCCGGGGGUGGUCUCUGCGGGCCCCUCCCCAACCGGCUCCCAGGGCUCCCAAGGCAUGUGGGAAGGUGGGGCCACGGCCUGCCCAGAAAAGGACCUGUCGCUUGUUGGAGGCGAGGCUAGAUUUGUGGAGCCUGAAAGCCUGUCGGGCCAUGAAAUGCUCCAGAGGUCACUCAGUGAGGGCCUAGAUGCUAUUGAGGCCCCUAAGGGUCCUGGUGAAAGACCCUUGGGUGCAGCCUCACCCAAAUUGCGCUCUAGCUUCCCCACACACACAAGACUCAGCGCAAUGUUGCACAUAGAUUCAGAUGAGGACGAGGAGAGAUCGGGGUUCAAUGACAUCACACCAGUGCCACAGUCACCGCUGCUGAUGAAUGGAGAACCUCUAGAUGUCGGCGGCCCGGAUGAAGAAGACCCGUUUCCUGAGCUCCAACAGGAGCCUGAGCAGCUAGAGCCCUCAGUGCUUGAGCCCGAGGGUGCAGGUGCUGUGACAGAAGAUGUGCCCCCUGAGUUAGAGGUAGAAGCAGGUUUGGACUUAGAGGAUGUUUUGGAGCCAGAUGUCUUCUCUGAAGUGGAGGAGGCUCCUUUCACAGAGGCUGUGUCCCAUAAUGCUUUGCUAGAGGGUGGAGAGGUGCCUGAGGAGGAAAGGGUGCCUGGCGAGGAACCCUUAUCAGAGAUUGACACCUGCUCCAUGGCAACAGCCCCACAGACAGUCUUCUCAUCAUCAGAGAGCUGUCCAAUCACACUGACCACUGCUCUGGAAGCACAGGAGGGAGCCGAGACAGCCAUUGAUCCAGGGGGAGAUGUAGUUUCCAGCACCACACCAACCAAUCAAGCUGUAGACGAUGAAGGGGGUGGACAAGCUGACGUCACUGAGGCUGAAAGAGAAGUUCCGCCAGCCAGGGAGCAAGAGGAGGUCGAGGAGAUCAGUGUAAGGAGGCUCAGCCUGCAGGCUGCAGGGGGUACGGCUGAAGAACAGGAAGGGGAGGAGACUAAGCCACAUGAGGAGGCGGGGUCUGUGGAUUCAGAGCAAGUUACCACAGAAACCGAUGGAGAGGAAGGUACCAAUGUCAACGGCCAUCCUGUACGUUCGCUUCCCUCUGUACGUCACGACAUCCACCGAUACCAACGUGUGGACGAGCCUCUACCCCCCAACUGGGAGGCUCGUAUCGACAGCCACGGCAGGAUCUUCUUCGUGGACCACGUGAACAGGACCACCACAUGGCAGCGUCCCACCGGACCUCCUGCCCUGCAGGGCCUGACUCGCUCCAACUCCAUUCAGCAGAUGGAGCAACUCAAUCGCAGAUACCAGAGCAUCAGGAGGACCAUAACCAACAGUGAUCGGUCAGAGGAAAGCCCAGUUGACCUGUUACCUGAACCAGAAAGUGAAUUGAUGCCCCACUCCAUUUCUGAAUACCGACGAGAAAGCGCAGUCGUUCACACCAGUGGUCGCUCACGCCUCUCCCUGCUGCUGCAGUCACCCAGCGCCAAGUUCCUGUGCAGCCCCGACUUCUUCACUGUGCUGCAUUCAAACCCUAGUGCCUACCGCAUGUUUACGAGCAACACCUGCCUGAAGCACAUGAUCAGUAAGGUGCGCCGGGACGCUCAUUACUUCGAGCGCUACCAGCACAACCGCGACCUCGUCACCUUCCUCAACAUGUUCUCCAACAAGCAGCUGGAGCUUCCCCGAGGGUGGGAGAUGAAGCACGACCAUACAGGGAAGCCUUUCUUUGUGGAUCACAACUGUCGCUCCACGACCUUCAUUGACCCACGGCUGCCCCUCCAGAGUUCUCGCUCGACCGGGCUGCUGGCCCACCGCCAACAUCUGAGCCGCCAGCGCAGCCACAGUGCUGGGGAGGUAGUGGACGACUCUCGCCAAACCAACCCGCCCGUCAUGCCCCGCCCCUCAAGCACCUUCAGCGGCUCCAGUCGGAGUCAGUACCACGAUGUGGUCCCUGUGGCCUACAAUGACAAGAUAGUGGCUUUUCUACGGCAACCCAACAUCUUUGAGAUACUGCAGGAAAGGCAGCCCGAGCUUGCCAGGAACCAUCCGCUCAAGGAGAAGGUGCAGUUUAUUCGCAGUGAGGGAAUCAGUGGGCUGGCUCGUCUCUCUAGUGACGCUGACCUCGUAAUUCUGCUGAGCUUAUUUGAGGAGGAAGUGAUGUCAUAUGUGCCACCGUUACUCCACCCAAGCUACUGCCUCUCCUCUCCUCAGAGCUCCCCUGGCACUCAGCGAGCCAAUGCCCGCGCUCCUGCUCCCUAUAAGCGAGAUUUUGAAGCUAAACUGAGGAACUUCUAUCGAAAGCUGGAGACCAAGGGUUAUGGCCAAGGACCAGGGAAAGUCAAGUUGAUCAUACGCAGGGACCACCUUCUGGAGGAUGCCUUUAACCAGAUCAUGUGUUACUCCCGUAAAGACCUACAGAGGAGUAAACUCUAUGUCAGCUUUGUAGGCGAGGAUGGACUGGACUACAGCGGGCCCUCCAGAGAGUUUUUCUUCUUGGUGUCCAGAGAACUGUUCAACCCAUACUACGGCCUGUUUGAAUAUUCAGCCAAUGACACAUACACUGUUCAGAUCAGCCCCAUGUCUGCCUUUGUAGACAACCACCAUGAGUGGUUUCGCUUCAGUGGGCGUAUCCUGGGGCUAGCUCUCGUCCAUCAGUACUUGCUGGAUGCCUUCUUUACCCGACCCUUCUACAAGGGGCUUCUUCGCAUCCCAUGUGACCUGAGUGACCUGGAGUUCCUGGAUGAGGAGUUCCACCAGAGCCUUCAGUGGAUGAAGGACAACGACAUCGAAGACAUGCUGGACCUCACCUUCACUGUCAAUGAGGAGGUUUUUGGACAGAUUACAGAGAGAGAGCUGAAGCCGGGCGGGGCUGGUAUCCCUGUGUCAGAGAAGAACAAGAAGGAGUACAUUGAGCGAAUGGUCAAGUGGCGUAUAGAGAGAGGCGUGGCCCAGCAGACGGAGAGCCUGGUCCGAGGCUUUUAUGAGGUGGUGGAUGUGCGACUGGUGUCUGUGUUUGAUGCCAGGGAGCUGGAGCUGGUGAUUGCAGGCACUGCAGAGAUCGACCUGGCAGAUUGGAGGAACAACACAGAGUACAGGGGAGGUUACCAUGACAACCACAUAGUGAUUCGCUGGUUCUGGGCAGCUGUGGAGAGAUUCAACAAUGAGCAGAGGCUGAGGCUGCUGCAGUUUGUGACAGGCACCUCCAGCAUUCCCUACGAGGGUUUUGCCUCUCUACGGGGCAGUAAUGGACCCCGCAGAUUCUGUGUGGAGAAGUGGGGGAAAAUCACCUCCUUACCCAGGGCUCACACUUGCUUUAAUCGUCUGGACCUCCCACCUUACCCCUCCUUCUCCAUGCUCUACGAGAAGCUGGUCACUGCUGUAGAGGAAACAAGCACCUUCGGUUUGGAAUAACCUCACAAGAGCUCACACCCAGGUUCAACUCAAGACAGAGAACCAUCUGGAAAUCCACCUUUCCCACUUUGGAGGGACCUGGAAAAUGAAACUAAAAUCCUCAAAUGGCAACUACUCACCCGUGGAUAACGCUGCUGUUUUUUCCAACUGGCCCUUUGUCACCCAGCAUGCAGGAUUCAUUCCAAUUCUCUGCCUUUCUCACAUAUUUCUGACAGAUCAAGCGAACACUUUCUGGAAGAAAGGCGGAGAAUUGGAAAAUAGUCUGAAAAGCUGUACAGUACAGUUUUCUUGUUUUCAUGGUAACCUUUGUUCAUUGAGCAACAUCUGUGCUUUAUUUCUUCAGUUAAUGGCCUUAGUUACUGGAUUUCUAGCACCUCCCCUUCUCUUCCUUCUCCUCCAACCUGCACCUCAGAGACAGCUGCUCAAAAACCACAUAGAUCCCUUCUCCCUCCCUGGACCUCGAAACUGUGUCCUUCCUGCACUGGGGCUGCAGUGUUAUAAACUAUAACACACACACACACACACACACACACACUAAUCACCUUUGCACAAAACACACACAUACAUGGGACAUUUUGUUUUUAUUAAUGGUGCAAACCAGUGUUUCCCCAUGAUUUUUUAUCAGCAUGGAAAUAUAUGACAUUUUACACUUUUAACUGGAUAUUGACUGGUCCUCCCUGCCUGUCUGGGAGCGGGAGAUACACUGGUGUGCACAUACACACACACACACACACAAACACACACACACACACACACACACACACAUAAAAAAAGCUAACACAAAUCAGUUGUUCUAAGAAUGACAAUACACUUGUACUUGUUUUCACAGUUUUGACUCUUAAAUAAGCUGGACAGUGAGUCAGAAAUCAUCAGUAACAUAUUAAUGGGCACUGUCACUGACCCAUUGUAAUAAUGACAGCAGGUUCUAGUCAGGACUGUUACCUUCAAUACUGCGACAUCAGAGCUCUUACAUGAGCACGAAAUUUAAAGACACAUCAGAGAAAUGCAGCCUUCACCCAGGACACCCAGUAUCACACACACAAACACAUGCAUAAAUUAUUACAGCAUUAGCCUUGCACCUUUGAGUGUACUUUCUUACAGUGUAACAGAUGCACUUUUGAGUCAGAUAGAAACGCAGGGUUCCUGUCUUUCAAACUCUUCCACACAUUUAUCAUGAGCAAUAGAUGCACUUUCUCUCAUAGACAGAUGACACUUGCUCGUGAGUAUGACACACAAGGUCCUUCUCACUGAUGUAACCGCCUCCCACCCAGUGAAAGUCAUGAAUGUACCAAAUUAGUGACUGAAUGUAUGAACCUCAAGCAACUAUGUUCAGCCCCAGAGGAAAAUCUCACAGGCUGAAGAGGAAACACAAAGUUAGAAGUGGAGGGGAGGGGAAAGUGAACGUGAUGAGGUCGCUUGAGUAAUGAGGAGGCGCUUCACUCGAUGUUGGCACCGGAUUUGGCCUUGUUAGCUGAAAGACAAACCUGGUGUCACCCUGGUUUCUGGUCAGGGUGCAGUGUCGGGGUUUUUUUUAGUGCCUCUUGGGUUUUCCUGACCAUAAAGUAAAAUUUUAUAAAGGAAGCUAUUUUAUUUCCUUGUAAAAAUUUGGCCAGAUUCAUGUGUUUCACAAAUCAAAUAUGAUGAAACUGUAUGAGCUGCAGGUGAAAUUCCCUUAAUAGAUAUCAACACAAGGGGGCAGUAAGGGGUGCUGUCAUGACUAUGGCCGGUUGAAAGCAAAGAACCAGUGAUUCAACCUUACUGAAUGACCUAACCAGGUGUGAUGAUGAUGUUGUCGGGAACAAGUACUGACCUUUAUGGCUGUAUGGAUACUGUAGUUUAGAAUUGUUGGCAUACAAGUCCAUGACAGACAAUAGUGUUGUCUCGAAAGCAUAUGAUGAAACCUUUCUGUUAGUCUUAAGUACACAACAGUAACCCUAAGGACCCUUUCACUCUGUCUCUCACACACUUUCCUAUAUGCAAACAAACAAACACAAACACAAACACACAUAUACUCAUUUUCUAUGGGUGCAUGCAAGAUUACACCUACUGUACAGAGACCCGUUGGAACUAGACAACAGGGGCUGGAAUAGUGGUAAAGAGCCCCACAUGUGAUGCGAGACGUGGAGGCAGACUUUCGUAUCCCAGCCCCCUCUCCCAGCCCAAUACUGCAUGCGGGAUCUUCUUGGUCAGCUCUGUGAGCCGUGCCAGGACAGAAACCCCUCGAUGGCGUUGUGUUUAGCUCGAUAUUGCAUGCUGAAAUAGUGCAACACACUGUCCUUACUAGCUUUUUUUGCAUGAGGAUAUUGCGAUCCAUUCAGAAAAAGGGGUGAGGGAGCUGGUUUAAUUGUGUCACUUUGGUCGUGGCGCUUACUUGAGGCAUGCGGUCUUAUGCUUACCUGGCACUGUCAUACCUUGAGUACAAAGCUCAUGGGAACAAGGUGUGGGAAAUAGGUGCUUCAGUCACUUAGUUUUAGCUUUUGGAAUGGAUGUGUGAAUGCAAUAGUUUGUUUUCUCUAUGACAGUGUAAUGGCGAGUAUCUCGGCAGCAUGUUUCAAAAAUGUUGUUACUUUCACAUAUGCGCGUCUGCCUAUCUUAGUAAUAGGUCGAUGGUUAUGUUUCAUUGCUCAUGAAUCAGUGAUGAAUAAAUAGGGCUGUUUUGAUUUUGUGAAACGUGAGAGCACAUGUACGUGUACCAUGUGUGCAGUCCUGUUUGUCUCUUUGUAUAUAACUGUAUAUGUAUGUCUGUCCUGUUGUGUGUAUAAAUAUAUAUUUUGCACCGAAUGUACCAAAGGUUUGGGGCUUGCAAAGUCAACCAUUAGGCCUGCUCUCUUUCAGUCUAACAAAACACAUCCCACUUCUGGCUUCUGCCAAAUCCUUCCAGAGCAUCACUUCAUGUUUGCUUGAGAGGCAGAUUUCUGGCAUGGGCAACAACGCUUCACAUUAGGAUAUACAUAGCUUGGUCAGUUUGACAUUUUCCACAACGAGGCUUUUCUGCUGCGGAAGACUGAUAAGACUGAUUACUUGCUUCACAUCCAAAUGAAGACAGCUGCACCUCUCUUCUUUCCUAGUACAUCCAUGACAGGACCCGGCUCCACUUUUCAGAUUUCCACUCUAUGCAAAGCUCCUGUAUGUGUGUCUCCAUUUCACCCCA